CGAGGACAGAGCGGAUUCUCUUUUCCUGUAAGAUGGCGGGUGAUGAGAGUGGGGUAACGCUGGGGCAGCCGCACCUGGCUAAACAAGACCUCAACACACUAGACGUGAGCACACUGACUCCACUCUCACAGGAGAUCAUCAGCAGACAAGCCACCAUUAAUAUAGGAACCAUCGGCCACGUAGCUCACGGCAAGUCCACGGUGGUCAAGGCCAUUUCUGGCGUGCACACUGUCCGAUUCAAGAAUGAGCUGGAGAGAAACAUCACCAUCAAGCUGGGUUAUGCUAAUGCCAAGGUGUAUAAGCUGGAUGACCCGAGUUGCCCUCGGCCCGAGUGUUACAGGUCGUGUGGCAGCGGCACCCCUGAUGAGUUCCCCACAGACAUUCCUGGCACAAAAGGAAACUUCAAACUAGUCCGACAUGUGUCGUUUGUCGAUUGCCCGGGCCACGACAUUCUGAUGGCCACCAUGCUGAACGGUGCGGCCGUCAUGGAUGCCGCGCUCCUUCUGAUCGCCGGUAACGAAUCGUGCCCCCAGCCUCAGACCUCGGAGCAUCUGGCUGCCAUCGAGAUCAUGAAGCUGAAACACAUCCUGAUCCUGCAGAACAAAAUCGACCUGGUGAAGGAGAGCCAGGCCAAGGAGCAGUACGAGCAGAUCCUGGCCUUCGUGCAGGGCACGGUUGCAGAAGGAGCUCCCAUCAUCCCAAUCUCGGCCCAGCUGAAGUACAACAUCGAGGUGGUGUGCGAGUACAUCGAUAAGAAGAUCCCCGUGCCUGUUCGGGACUUCACCUCUGAACCCAGACUCAUCGUAAUUAGAUCGUUUGAUGUGAACAAACCCGGCUGUGAGGUGGACGAUCUGAAGGGAGGUGUAGCUGGAGGCAGUAUUCUGAAAGGAGUCUUAAAGGUGGGACAGGAGAUCGAGGUCAGACCCGGUAUCGUUUCCAAGGAUCAUGAAGGGAAGCUCAUGUGCAAACCCAUUUUCUCCAAGAUCGUCUCGCUGUUCGCCGAGCACAACGACCUUCAGUACGCCGCACCCGGAGGCCUUAUUGGUGUGGGCACCAAAAUUGACCCGACGCUGUGCAGGGCGGACCGUAUGGUCGGUCAGGUUUUGGGCGCGGUGGGUGCUCUGCCUGAGAUCUUCACCGAGCUGGAGAUCUCAUACUUUCUGUUAAGGAGGCUCCUGGGGGUCCGCACAGAGGGCGACAAGAAGGCAGCGAAGGUCCAGAAACUUUCUAAAAACGAAGUGUUGAUGGUCAACAUCGGCUCUUUGUCGACGGGAGGACGCGUGAGUGCAGUAAAAGCCGAUUUGGCCAAGAUCGUGCUCACCAACCCCGUGUGCACCGAGGUGGGAGAGAAGAUCGCUCUGAGUCGCCGAGUGGAGAAACAUUGGCGUCUGAUCGGCUGGGGUCAGAUCAGGAGAGGAGUGACCAUCACGCCCACAGUGGACGACGACUGAGAUGGGAUUUUACAGCUGGAAUAAAUAAAGGCUUGUGCUGUCGUAUUAUAUGGCAAAAAAAAGAAAAUAUCAACUCAUUUUUCACACCGGUGCGGAGGUCAGAGCUGCACAGCGUCGGGUCGGCACCUCAGCACCUGUAUUUUAAAAUGUGCACCAACCCCAGUAGCAGGACUGGUUUCAUUUACACUGCGAUACAGGAUGAAAUCUGUAUUUUCUGGGUUUGGCUGAACAGUUGUCGACAUUUCUGUGAUGACUAAUAAAACAGUUUGGAUCAAAA